AUGACUCAGCGGUGGUAUACGGGUUUAGUGAUCGUGACCGGAUGUGCCGUGUUCCUGAAACAAUAUGAGUCAAGCUCAGCUGAGGAGCAGUCAACAGAGGUCUACUUCGAGGAAAGUGCUUGGAGUAUCCCAGUCUUGGCUGGCAUAAUUGAUGCCAACGUGGGCCUCUUCGAUCGGAUGUUCGCUGGGCUCUUGGUUCUGCUUAACUUCUUCAUGCAGGGUGCCUUUUCCUGGGUCCUCUUGACUGAUGCCUUCAUUGGUGAGGCGUUCGAAAAGCGGGUCGAGAGCGCGAAGAUUUGGAGGACCAGCAUUGCCCACGAUUACAAGUAUCUGGACCUGGCUGACACCAGUUUGGUGUCCCGAGUUUGUACAGGCGACGGUGCUUUGAUCUUGUCCACGACGCAGGCAACCUUGAUAGAACAGAUCAACAGCUUCCUCGGCCUCCAGAAACUACAGUUUGAGCACUCCGUGUUUCAGCCGGGCAUACUGCUGGGCAUGAUAUGUAUUAUCUUGUGGACGCUCUGCGUCUACAAGGAGUUCCGACGGAUUUGGUUGCAGAUGGAGGCUGCUUGGGGAAUUCCGAAGAAGCGCAGAUCCGUUUUCCGAGACAACGCCUUCGUCUCUAUGUCUUGGGCACGAUUUUGCGCCCUGUUGGUUACGUAUCUCGCACGGGCGAUGAUUGCUUCUGUCCUUUUGGCAGCUGGAAUACUGUGGCUUGCUCGGACCACAUCGAUUGAAGAGCUGAUGUUGAAUGCCGUGGCCCUGAAUGCCAUCCUGGACGUAGAUGAGUUUUUGUUCGCAGGCAUAACACCUAUCAGGAUCCAACAUGCCAUACAGAGCUUGAAGCCCAUCAAGGUAAAGUACAGCCGUCAGCGCAGUCAAUUUGAAUCCCUUGUGCACUUCGUGACUUUGUCGCUUCUUGUGCUCAUGUCUUACUAUCUCUUGUUGGGGCCCUUGGGCGACACCAUGCUCGCAGUCAAGAAUGAGCUUUGUGGAGGAAACCAGGCCUUCGUCGUUGCAUUUAAUACCGAGACACAGCAAACCUUCGGGCUGAGAACGGCGGAGACACGUGACUACCAGUCCCUUUCGGCGAGUGAGGUUUCAGUGCAGAGCCACAAGGCCACGUCGCCUGAGACCACACCUGGUUCAGGGCCGGCGUAUCUUACAUUUUCUGCGACAAAAGAUUUGUUUCAGGCGGACAUAACCAGGACAAUGGCUGCGGAGGCAGAACUCACGCCCUUCUGCAUAGAGACGCUCAUGGAUCCAUCGAAUCCGCUCUACACCGAUCCCUCCAUGCAAUCAAUGUCCCAAGUGCGCGUCGAUAUUGCUGCCCUCAGUGUCGGACGGCCAGAUGCCGGCGGCUGCGCGGAUCUCGGCGACCUGCGCCUCAUCCUUGUACAGCUCCGCUUGGUUCAUGGUGGAAGCCCAAGGCUGCGCCACCGCCUGUCUCAAAGUUGCUUCGUCAAGGACCUGCCUCCAGAUGACAACUGGAGAAAGUUCUGGACAAUGUACCCUACAGUUCUUGGGUGGUACUAUGGGCGUGACAUCACAGGAACUACCUUCUACACGGCCAUCAUGCAGACCGCUAAUGUAGAUGGCAAGACGAGCUGCAAGCGGCGACAUGUGGCAUCUGCACCGAUUUUGCGGGCGCCUGGUGGCCUUGGCGGUAGGUAUUGGUUUGUGGUGGUGGUGGUGGUGGUGGUGGUGGCUGUCGUUAUUGUGGGAGGUAAGAAGGUAAGUAUGGACUCUUGGGAGUGCAAGGAUUCGGGGUCGGAGAAGUGGAACAUGACGUCGAAGGAAGAGGGUGGCUCGAGGCUUGUGCGGAAGGAGCCAGAGGGCUCUUCAAAGACGACGAAGGCCGUUGUUCCGCCUGCUCUGAGGAUGGCUGCUACUUGCUCCCCUUGUAACUAUGGGCAUGACUCGACGGAGGCUGGUACUGUACCCGGUGUUUUGGUAGAUAUGUCUUCCCCGUCUGGGCCGGACUUGCCGGACAGCUCCGUCUCACGACUGCAAGAUCAGCUCCAGUCCGACAUGGCAAGGAUCCACACCCUCUUGCAAAACCAACUUCAGUCUGACUUGGCUCGCGUCCAUGAAAGGCUGGAGCGUUUGGAGGCACAAUUGGGGCUCGAGAAGAGACCUGCUGCAGAGCCUGACUCCACGAGCCUGGACGAGGUCAAUCUUCAGGUUGGGUGCACAGAUCCAGCGAAAUCCGGGUCUAAAUGCAAUGACGAGAAAUUGGAGGAGUUUUCUGAAGUCCACUUUGAAGAAAGUGUUUGGAGCAUUCCAGUUGUCUUCGGUUUGGUGGAUGUUGGCUGCUUUGACAUGCUCUUUGCUGGCAUUCUCGUGUUAUUGAACUUGGGCAUGCAGGCAGCCUUUUCAUGGAUUCUCUUGACAGCCGCCCAGCUCCGAUUGAGCGGUGAUGACUUCAUUGGUGAGGGCUUCGAUGCCCAAAUGGAUAGUGCCAAGACCUGGCGGAUAAGUGUUGCACAUGAUCACAAACAUAUGGAUCUAGCCGACAGGAGCUUGGUGUCAAGAGUCUGCGCGGGCGACAAGUCGCUCAUUCUCUCCACGAACCAGGCCACCUUGGUGAAGCACAUCAACAGCUUCCUUGGUGUGAGCGAGUUGGACUUCGAGUCACCAUUUUUCCAGCCGGGUGUUCUCCUGUGCAUGCUUUGCAUCAUUGAGUGGAGCCUCUGCGUUUACAAGGAGUUGCGCCGGAUAUGGCUGCAGUUUGAGGCUACCUGUUCAGUUGCAAGAUCUCGCAGAACAGCUUUCCUUGACAACUCCUUCGGCAGCAUCUCAUGGUUUCGGUUCUGCAUGCUGCUGACCACAUACCUUCUGCGAGUUGGCAUCGCUUCUGUUCUACUGGGCGGUGGGGUUCUCUGGCUCGCUCGGACCACGUCCAUCGAAGAACUGAUGUUGAACGCAGUGGCUCUCAAUUCCAUCUUGGACAUUGACGAGUUUAUCUUUGCAGGUAUGACACCGAUCAAGAUUCAGCACGCCAUAGCGAAUCUGACUCCAAUUCGGAUCAAGUACGGCCGUUGUCGCAGUCAGCUGGAGGCCUUUGUUCAUUUCAGUUCACUCUUGGCGCUUGUUUGUGCGUCCUACUUCCUCUUUCUAGUGCCCUUGAGUGAUACCAUGCUUGCCGUGAAAAGGGAGUUCUGCGGGGGCCUCCAAACAUUUGUGGUUUCUUACAAUGCUGAAACACAAGUCUUCGUUGGACUCUACACGGCCGAAUCCAGCGAUGCACGAAACCUGUCGAUUAGUGAAUCUGCCGUGCAGUCUUUCAAGGGUGCACCUCCUGGGACAUAUCCAGAAUUCAUAAGGUUUUCUGCCACCAAAGGCUUGUUUCAGCAAGAGAUCUCGCGCAGUAUGGAAGACGAGGCUUCGCAGUAUCCCCUUUGCCUCGAGCUCGACGUUCUCAACGAGAAUGGGAAUUUCCACACCGACCUGACGCUGCGACCCUUGGCUACCAUGCUCCUGAAUUCUGCCGCAGCUGCUGUGGGACGUGCGGGUGCGCAAAGCUGUCAAGAGCUGCGAGCCCACUGUGACGAUGCAGACGGCCGCCUGCUGCGUCUGGUGUGCGGUGAGACAUGCGGUUGCACAGAUCCCUUCAGUUCUGCAUGGUACAAAGUUCAAGCCCAGGGUUGUUCUGUAUCUUGCCUGAAUCGCAGGCAGCCGAAGUUGCAGAGCCGUUCCUGCCAGGACUUGCCUGUGGAUGAUACAUGGCGCACGUUCUGGUCUAGCUAUGCGACUGUAUUGUCCAGCUACUUUGGCCAGCCAGUGGAGGCCACUCAGGCCUUCAGCGCCGUGAACCAAACCCUGCAGGUGUUGGGGGUUGGUGGAUGCCCAGCUUUGGCGCAAUUUCCGCAAGACUUCCUGACUGGCACGCCUUGGUGCGAAGGCACCCCGGAGCUGGUUCGAUCUUUGGCGUCCAUAUGCCCACAGACAUGCGGCUGCGACAAUCCGUCGCAGGUUUCACCUCUUUGCCCUCCCAGCUGCCGCAUUCCGAAUAGCAAUGCGUCGGCUUGA